AUGCGAGUUAAGGUAGUGGAAUUGACCUAUGAGGGAGGGCUGGAUAUCUGUGUUGGCAAACAAGAGAGAUACCUGCAAGCCAACAACGAAAAAUUCAACACUAUGUUUGGAUAUCCAAACAAUACCAUCAAGACCUCAAAAUAUAAUGUCUUUAACUUCUUGCCCCUGAACCUAUUUGAACAGUUUCAGAGACUUGCCAAUGCAUAUUUUCUCAUUUUGCUAAUCCUACAGCUGAUUCCCCAGAUCUCCUCUUUGGCGUGGUACACAACUGUGAUACCUCUGAUGGUGGUGCUGUGCAUAACAGCAGCGAAAGAUGCCAUGGAUGACCUGAAAAAGCACCAAAGUGACAAUCAGGUCAACAACCGUUCUGUUCUGGUACUGAUGAAUGGCAGGAUGGAGGAGAAAAAAUGGAUGAAUAUCCAAGUGGGAGAUAUAAUAAAAUUAGAAAAUAAUCAGCCUGUUACGGCUGAUACACUGUUACUCUCUAGCAGUGAGCCCUGCAGUAUGACGUAUAUAGAAACAGCAGAACUGGAUGGAGAAACCAACCUGAAAGUGAAACAGGCCAUCUCAGUUACCAGUCAAAUGGAAGAUAACUUGAAGCUGCUGUCUGCCUUUGAUGGAAAAGUGAGGUGUGAGUCUCCCAAUAACAGGUUGGACAGAUUCACAGGACUACUGACUUACAAGGAAAAAACCUACAUCCUGGACCAUGACAAGCUGCUUCUCCGAGGAUGCAUCAUCAAGAACACAGACUGGUGCUAUGGCUUAGUGAUUUACACUGGACCAGACACCAAAUUAAUGCAGAACAGUGGAAAGUCCUCCUUUAAACGGACACAAAUAGACCAUCUCAUGAAUGUCCUUGUGCUCUGGAUUUUUCUGUUUUUAGGCAGCAUGUGUUUUAUCCUAGCAAUUGGGCAUGGCAUUUGGGAGAGCAAGAAAGGCUACUACUUCCAGAAUUUCCUGCCACGGAAAGAAUAUGUCUCUUCAUCAGCUGUCUCUGCCAUCUUCAUAUUCUGGUCUUACUUCAUUAUUCUCAACACCAUGGUGCCUAUUUCACUCUAUGUCAGUGUUGAGAUAAUAAGAUUGGGCAACAGUUGCUAUAUCAACUGGGAUCAGAAGAUGUUUUGUGACCUAAGGAACACACCAGCACAGGCUCGCACCACCACCCUUAAUGAGGAGCUUGGCCAGGUCAAAUAUGUGUUCUCCGACAAAACAGGAACGCUGACUCAGAACAUCAUGAUUUUCAACAAGUGUUCUAUUAAUGGGACAUUAUAUGGUGCUGUCUAUGACAAGAAUGGACAGAGGGUGGAUGUCUCCGAGAAAACAGAAGAGGUCAGCUUCUCCUACAACAAACUGGCUGACCCUAAGUUUUCAUUUUAUGACAAGACUUUGGUGGAAGCAGUGAAAAAGGGAGAUCGCUGGGUGCACUUGUUUUUCCUCGCACUCUCGUUGUGUCAUACUGUGAUGUCAGAGGAGAAAGUGGAAGGUGAGCUGGUGUAUCAGGCUCAGUCCCCAGAUGAAGGUGCCCUGGUCACUGCUGCCAGGAACUUUGGCUUUGUGUUGCGUUCCCGUACUCCUGAGACAAUCACGGUAGUCGAAAUGGGGGAAACCAAAGUCUACCAGCUGCUGGCUAUUUUGGACUUCAGCAAUGUGCGCAAGAGGAUGUCUGUUAUUGUGAGGACACCUGAAGAUCGGGUAAUGUUGUUCUGCAAGGGAGCAGACACCAUCCUUUAUCAGCUGCUUCACCCAUCCUGUACAUCCCUCCAAGAAGUGACCAUGGAACAUUUAGAUGAAUUUGCCUGUGAAGGCCUUCGCACCCUCAUUGUGGCCUAUCGAGAACUGGACGAUUCAUUCUUCCGUGACUGGAGCAAGAAACAUAGCGAAGCCUGCUUGUCUUUGGUGAAUCGGGAAAAUAAAAUAUCAGCUGUCUAUGAAGAGAUCGAAAAAGACUUGAUGCUGUUAGGGGCCACAGCCAUAGAAGAUAAGCUGCAGGAUGGAGUACCUCAGACGAUCAAAAUGCUGAACAAAGCCAAAAUUAAAAUAUGGGUUUUAACUGGAGAUAAGCAAGAGACUGCUGUGAACAUUGCCUAUGCCUGUGGCAUAUUUGGGGAUGAAAUGGAUGGGCUGUUUUUCGUGGAAGGCAGGGAUAAUGAAACCAUUCAGCAAGAGCUCAGGUCAGCCCUUAAUAAGAUGAAAUCUGAGCCUCUACUGGAAUCGGACCCAAUAAACAAUGACCUCUCUACGAAGCCCAAAAUGCCUGUCAGGAUACCCGAGGAGGUGCCCAGUGGCAACUAUGGCUUGAUCAUCAAUGGCUACAGUCUGGCCUAUGCUCUAGAAGGGAACCUGGAGUUGGAACUGCUGCGAACAGCAUGCAUGUGCAAGGGGGUGAUCUUCUGCCGGAUGACACCCCUUCAGAAGGCCCAGGUGGUAGAGCUGGUGAAGAGGUACACAAAGUGGGUGACACUGGCCAUCGGGGAUGGGGCCAAUGACGUCAGCAUGAUCAAAGCUGCCCACAUUGGGGUCGGCAUCAGCGGCCAGGAGGGAGCGCAGGCCGUGCUCAACAGUGACUUCUCCUUCUCUCAGUUCCACUAUCUUCAGCGUCUACUCUUGGUCCAUGGCCGCUGGUCUUACAAUCGCAUGUGCAAGUUUCUCAGCUACUUCUUUUACAAAAACUUUGUCUUCACUCUCGUGCACUUCUGGUAUUCCUUCUACAACGGGUUCUCUGCACAGGCAGUUUAUGAUACCUGGUUUAUCACUUUCUACAACCUGGUCUACACCUCCCUCCCGAUCCUGGCCUUGAGUCUAUUUGACCAGGAUGUGAAUGAAACAUGGAGCCUAUGCUUCCCAGAGCUGUACGAGCCAGGCCAGGACAACCUCUAUUUCAACAAGAAGGAAUUUAUGAAGUGUUUGCUUCAUGGGAUCUACAGUUCCUUUGUGCUGUUCUCUAUUUCCAUGGGGACCAUUUGCAACUCAGUGCGCAGGGAUGGGAAGGAAAUCUCUGACUACCAGUCCUUCUCCCUGAUAGUGCAGACCUCCUUGCUUUGGGUGGUCACAAUGCAGGUUGCCCUGGAGACAACCUACUGGACGAUGAUAAACCACUUCUUCACCUGGGGUAGCCUAGGUUUCUACUUUUGCAUCUCAUUCUUCCUGUACAGUGAUGGCUUGUGCCUAAUGUUCCCCAAUGUCUUCCAAUUCCUAGGUGUGGCAAGGAACACUCUGAUCAUGCCACAACUGUGGCUCAGUAUUGUCCUCAGCAUGGUCCUCUGCAUGUUGCCUGCCGUUGGGUACAAGUUUCUCAAACCGUUGUUAUGGCCCUUCAGUGUGGAUAAGGUUAUUGACAGAAUUCAUCGCAUAAGACAUCCACCAUCACUCCCAGUCCUGGGGAAACGGAAACAUGCAGGCUCUCGACGUUCUGCCUAUGCAUUCUCCCACAAACAGGGCUUUGGGCCCCUCAUCACUUCUGGCAAGUUUAUGAAGUCCAAGUGGCCCAAGAAAGGCAGCUCUCUUUUUAAAAAGUAG